AUGAGCGGCCCCUCUUCCUCAUCCUCUGUCUCUGACGGCACCAACCGUUCAUGGCUUGCGCAGGGACUGCUCGCCGGAGCUGCUGUAGCAGCUGCGGCCGUAGCUUACACGGUGAUAUCCAGGCGCCGGUCCGCCAGGUUACGGUGCCACGUGCUGGGGAUCAUACCGGCUCGUUUCGCUUCCUCCAGAUUUCCAGGCAAACCUCUGGUCCCAAUCCUCGGCAAACCCAUGAUUCAGAGGACGUGGGAAAGAGCAAAACUUGCAACCACGCUGGACCAACUUGUUGUGGCUACGGAUAAUGAGAAAAUAGCAGAGUGCUGUUUGGGGUUUGGAGCUGAUGUGAUAAUGACAUCAGAUACUUGCAGAAAUGGAACUGAACGCUGCAAUGAGGCCCUCCAAAAGUUCAAAAAGAAAUUUGAUAUUGUUGCUAACAUUCAGGGAGAUGAGCCUCUUAUAGAGCCCGAGAUAAUAGAUGGGGUUGUCAAGGCCCUGCAAGCUGCCCCUGAUGCUGUAUUUAGCACUGCAGUUACUUCUUUGAAACCUGAAGAUGCAUCCGAUCCCAAUCGGGUGAAAUGCGUGGUGGACAGUCAUGGUUAUGCAAUAUAUUUUUCAAGGGGCUUGAUCCCCUACAAUAAGUCAGCCAAGGUCAAUCCACGUUUUCCAUAUCUACUUCAUCUUGGUAUCCAGAGCUAUGAUGCAAAGUUCUUGAGGAAAUAUCCGGAGCUUGCACCUACUCCAUUACAACUAGAAGAAGAUUUGGAGCAGCUUAAAGUCCUUGAGAAUGGAUAUAAGAUGAAGGUGAUCAAGGUUGAUCAUGAGGCUCACGGUGUUGAUACUCCAGAAGAUGUAGAGAAGAUAGAAUCAUUCAUGCGGGAGAGAAAUCUGUCCUAG